CUCGGGGGCUGCGGGGAGCGCGGCUGUGGGCGGGAAGGCUGGAGGGCUCGGCAGAGUGGAGAGGAGGGGCUCGGGGGUUCCCGAGGAGGUUUUGAGGUGCCCCUGAGCAAUGGCCCGGAGGUGAGCCCAGAGCUGGCCCUGAGGUGGCCCUGAGAAGAAGUGGAAGGCAGAGGUGGUGCUGAGGCAGGAGAGCCCCGUGCUGGGGAAGAGGCUGAGCUGGGAGUGCCCAGCAGUGAGAAGGUGCUGUGUCCAUGCCCUGUGUGCCAGGAUUUGUCCUCCCCAAAGUUUGGGUGGAUGGAGGAGGAGGCUGUGAGGAAGAGGAAGUUGCCGCAGGUCCCCCAGGCAGGCCCCGAGCUGAGGACGGAGAGCACGGAGGACAAAUCCCCCGGCAGAGCCUGGUGGGAGAGGCCGUUUUGAAGGGCUCCCCGGUGCAGGAAGGCAGUGGGGAGGAAAAGGCCCGGAGAUGCCCCCGGAGGAGGGGCUGCAAAGCCAGCCCAGGGAGCUCUGAGGAGGAAAGACCCGUCCUGUGCCAGGAAGGCGACCAGAGCUUGAGCUGGAGCUCCGAGCUGGUGGUCCCUGAGCAACCUUCCAGCAGGGAGAAGCCCUUCAGGUGCUUGGAAUGUGGGAAGAGCUUCAGGAGGAGCACCAACCUCCUCAGUCACCAGUUCAUCCACACUGGGGAACGGCCCUACACGUGUAGGGAAUGUGGGAAGAGGUUUAGGGGCAGCUCAACUGUCCUCAGGCAUGAGCAGGCACACACAGAUGAGAGGCCCUUCCGCUGCACCGACUGCGGGAAGGGCUUCAACCAGAACUCCACCCUCAUCACCCACCGGCGCAUCCACACUGGGGAGAGGCCCUACAAGUGUGGGGAGUGUGGGAAGAGCUUCACGUGACAGCUCUACCUUGACCAAACACCAACAGACCCACCAGUAAGAGAAGCCCUAGGAGAGCCCUGACUGCGGGAAGAACUUCGGCCGCUGCUCCCACCCCGAGUGAACCCCCUGAUGGUGAGGCAACCCCUGGAGUCCAGUGACUGUCAGUCCAUCCCUUUCCACCAGAAAGGGCCAGUCCCCUUUCCCAGGGGCAGGUUGUGCCAACAGAGCCCUUCUGGGGGAUGUGUGGAGAUUCCUGCCUUGGCUGGGGACCCCCCAAGGUCAGUGCUGGAGGUUGAGAGCAGAGAUCUCCCCACGAGUGUUGGUCUGGGGGAGUUCCAUCCAUCUUUAAUUCAUAAUUCUUGCUUUGGUGCCAACUUGAGUAGAAUUGUUUCAAACAUUGCUUUAGUGUAGAGCAGUGUCCUAUCUUAUUCUGUAUUAGUGGUAGUUUUAGUGUUUCUUUAAUGU